AAAAGCAAAAAAGUAGAAGAAACAAAAGGGAAGGUCCAUGAAAAUAGAGAGCGAUGGAUAAGGAAGGCGAAGACGGAGACGAACGAUUUCAAAACCAAAACCCUAACCCUAACCCUAAUCAGAGCAGAGGUUCAACAAGGGGAAGAUCCUGCAAGGGUUGCCUCUAUUACUCUUCUCUACACAAAUCCAAAUCCAAGUACCCCACCUGCGUUGGCUUCUACAGAACUCUCAAUCAAGUACCCAGCUACAUUGUGGGAGAAACGGAGUUGGAAGCUUCAAAAGCCGAUCGCAGCCUUACGGAUUUUAAGUACGGGUGUGUCGGUUACUCGGUGUUCUUGGACAGGAAAGAUUCAAGUGAUCCACAUAAAAAACAGGCGGAAUUGCCAUUUUGUGUUGGUCUUGAGAUAUUAUAUGACAAAAGACCCGCAGACCAGGCUCAUGCUCCUACUCCUGCUCAUAAAAGUGGAGACAAUGUUCGACCUCUACCUCAACCUCGAAGCUAUAAACCACAUUCAACCGGAGAUGAGUACCUGACCAGGUUUAAGAGGAACGCUGGCCUAGUAGCAUCAGGUGUUGCUAGGAAUUUAAACAGAGUAGGCAACCAUAUAAAACAGAGCGUGGAUAACAUCUUAUUCGGAAGGUCCAAGUAACAUUUCUGAUUUCAGCAUUGAUAUACAGCACGCAAAAAACCCAGUACCUAUAUUGGCAGUAUCCCAGUUCUGUAAUUAUAUUAAUGUGUAUCUCUCUGUUGUAUCAAUAACAUUAUCAUCAAGCAAAGGUUUUUUCUUUUUGUCAACCUCUUGUAACAGUAUACACUUACUAAAAUAAAUGUUAAUAAAGUCGAAGUCGUCAUUGGAGUUGUGGA